UUACUUUUUUUUCACAAAAUGUCAUUUUAGUCAUUUUUUAUCGAGGCAAAAUGGUUUUUCACGAUCAUCUAAUGUAGUCUUUGUACUUUCCCUGUAAACAAGAAGAUAUGUGGAUAUGAAUAUACAAUUCACGCUUCUCAGAGUUUGGCUGCUCUUUUCAGUUCAGUUCAAGUGAAGACUGCUCUUUCAUUUACUCCAAUCCAAUUAACUUGCUGUUGAAACCGUGAGACCUGACUACUGAAGAAGAAUCAUGUCCAGCCAGGCAAUCCUCUUCCGCUUAAUUAAUUUUGGCAGAAAAGUCAUCGUCAAGGUCAUUAUCACAAAGCCUUCUGUAAGCAUAAAGCUUUUUACAGAAUUUAGGCAAUCUGCACAUUCAUUUAGAGGCAAGACUUGUAACAAAAUGCUGUGAUCUUCAACACUGCUUGAAUUGUGAGGAAAUUUAAUUUUCUCCGCAUCAUUUUGUUGCCACCAAAAAAUGCUCCUCUGAAGAAGCUGAAAUACCAUCAAAGAAAUUGACUUGGUUGUUCGGAAGGAGGAAAACACAAAAUUUCUUGCAAUGUGGUGUUAGGUGAAGGCGAGUACGUGAAGCUUGAAAUUCACAGCACUAGUUCUUACUUGCCAAAUUUCUUGCAAUCAAAUGCGAAACCAAAUGACCUCACUUUUUUUUCCUCUGCUUCUUAAACCCGCUACUUGCUUGCCAUCAUGUUCGAAUCCACUGAGUCCAAAUACAGAGUCCAUUCAAAUCUAAGCCCACCUUGAACAAAUUGGAUUUUGACCGAUUUCUCUAGAUAAAUUGGCCGACUUGCUAAAGAUUCAACAGCAAGAAAGAUGAACAGAAGAAAAAGUAUAGAAAUUCUCUUUUGGCUCUUCUUACUCUCAAUCUUUCCUUUGAGCACAUCUUCAGCAUUAUUAUUUCAGGGGUUCAACUGGGAAUCAUGUAACAAGGGAGGAGGAUGGUACAACUUACUGAAAAAUUCAAUUCUAGAUAUUGCUAAUGCAGGAAUUACACAUGUCUGGCUUCCUCCACCUUCCCAGUCAGUUUCACCUCAAGGUUACAUGCCAGGAAGACUAUAUGAUCUCAAUGCAUCAAGAUAUGGAACCCAAGAUGAAUUGAAAUCACUAAUUCGGGCUUUCCAUCACAAAGGAAUUAAAUGCCUGGCUGACAUUGUGAUCAAUCAUAGAACUGCUGAGAAAAAAGAUGAGAGAGGAAUUUGGUGCAUCUUCGAGGGUGGAACUGAUGAUGAUCGCCUUGACUGGGGGCCCUCCUUCAUUUGUUGUGAUGACACCGUCUUUUCUGAUGGGACAGGAAAUCCUGAUACAGGAGAGGACUAUCCACCUGCCCCUGAUAUUGAUCAUCUCAAUCCACGAGUUCAGAAAGAGCUAUCAGAUUGGAUGAACUGGUUAAAAUUAGAGAUUGGGUUUGGCGGAUGGCGAUUUGAUUUUGCAAAGGGAUAUUCUCCAACUAUUAUGAAAAUUUACAUGGAACAAAUUCCACCAGGUUUUGCUGUUGGUGAGAAAUGGGAUUCUCUUUCUUAUGGGCAAGACUGGAAACCUGACUAUAACCAGGAUGCACACCGUAAUGCACUAAAAGAUUGGAUUCAAGCUUCUGGUGGUGUUAUCACAGCAUUUGAUUUUACAACAAAAGGGAUUCUUCAAGCUGCUGUGCAAGGUGAGCUGUGGAGGUUGAUAGAUUCAAAUGGAAAUCCACCAGGGUUGAUUGGCAUAAUGCCUCAAAAUGCAGUGACUUUUAUUGACAAUCAUGAUACAGGUUCUACCCAACAACUAUGGCCAUUCCCAUCAGAUAAAGUCAUGCAAGGAUAUGCUUACAUUCUUACCCAUCCUGGGAUCCCGACAAUAUUUUAUGAUCACUUCUUUGAUUGGGGACUAAAGGAACAAAUAAGUAAAUUGGCUUCAAUCAGGAAAAACUAUGGAAUCGACUCGAGAAGUGGGAUGAAAAUUUUGGCUGCGGAAUCUGAUCUAUAUAUGGCAGCAAUUAAUGAUAAUGUCAUAAUGAAGAUUGGGCCAAGGAUGGAUCUCGGGAACCUACUUCCCUCCAAGGAAUUCCAGGUUGCUACAUCUGGAGAAAGCUAUGCCGUGUGGGUUAAAAAUGGAUGGAUGAAUUUCCUAGAAGAAAGGUUUCUUGAAAAAUGAUUAUCCGUUUUUGGGUACUCAUGGCGCAUGACACCUUUGAAAGACAUCAAAGGCAAUUCCGCUUAAGAUGGAAAAUAGAAUGUAAUAAAAUCUGAACAGCAUGCACAGAAGUUGAAGUCAUCUUGUUUUGUUCUUCUUCUUCUUCUUUCUUUAAUAGAUUCGAAUAAAUGUCCUCGCUUAUUGAUCUAGUUGCAAAUACAGCCUAUUCAUAUAUCAUUAAUUGACAAUUACUA